CGCGCAUGCAGAUUUGGAUAUAUCCACCAAUAAUUACUCGCCACGUCAUGUGUGGACACAUGACAUGCAUGCCAUAUGGCACAUAGAAGUCACACCCCAGGGCAGACGCCCAACAUAUGGGUCGAACCCCGAUCAUCGCCAUCAUAUGACGAUGUGAAGCUGGUUUACACAUUCGAUCCGAAGAGCUUAUUCGCUCUCUCGUCGAAUCACUGAAAAAUUUAAAUAAAAUCAAACAAAAAUUAAAAUUUUAUCCGUAGCGAUCUCGAUGCGUUUUUGGAAUCCAUCAAUGGAGACGAUUUGGAGUGGUGGUAGAGGUACGGCUUGAUUUAGGAAUGCAUUGUGUGGUGUUUUCUACUUGAUUUUAGGGCAUUUUGGUUUUGAUCGAUGAAUCGUGGAGUAAGGUGUUAAGGAGUUGUCGAGAUAAAUUUUUUUUUUUUUGUUUGGGGGAUUCGAUCAUGGCCGUUGUUGAGAAUGGUGGAGUGGAUUUGGGGAUCAGCGUUGGCUCGGCGAAUAGGAACUUCGACGCGGCGGCACCGGAGCAGAAUGUAAGCGGCGAUCAAGAGCAUCUGGUGAGGGUUCGGAUGGUUGAUCCGAGUUUACAUCAGAACAACAACGGUAACGGUCCGAUCCUGAGGCCGCACGAUCAGGGCCUAUACAUGAAGGUACAACAGUUUCAGGAGAGGGGGGCUGCGCCCCCUGCCCACGUUAGCAGUCACAAGGCUCAGGUGGCGUCGGUUCAGCACAACCUUGACCGCUCGCAGAAGAUCGGCGUUCAGAAUAUGCAGGUGGGGCCGGUAGCUGCGCAGCAUCGCUCCAAUGGUGGUGAUUUGCAGAGGAAUGGAGACUCUGGUGUGGAUAUGAGAGAGUUGCAGGAGCUAUUCUCUAAGCUGAACCCCAUGGCUGAAGAGUUUGUUCCUCCAUCGCUUGCUAACAAUGGAUUGAACGGUGGUUUUUACUCUAACGGCUCUGAGACGCAUAACAAUACAAGAAAUGGACAAGUUAAUGGUCGACGGAAAAAUAAUUUCGGACAAGGCAAACGGAGGAUGAAUAGUCGAACAAGUAUGGCACAACGGGAAGAAAUCAUCCGGAGGACUGUGUAUGUGUCCGAUAUUGAUCAGCAGGUUACUGAAGAGAAGCUUGCAGCUCUAUUUAUAACUUGUGGGCAGGUUGUUGACUGCCGUGUAUGCGGUGACCCUAACUCAGUUCUGCGUUUUGCUUUUGUUGAGUUUACUGAUGAAGAAGGUGCACGGGCUGCUUUGAGUCUGGCAGGGACAAUGCUGGGAUACUACCCUGUGAGGGUGCUGCCCUCUAAAACAGCCAUUGCACCAGUUAACCCUACAUUUUUGCCUAGGAAUGAAGAUGAACGCGAGAUGUGUGCAAGAACAAUUUACUGUACAAAUAUUGAUAAGAAGGUCUCUCAAGCUGAUGUUAAACUCUUUUUUGAAUCGGUUUGUGGAGAGGUUUAUCGUUUGAGGCUUCUUGGAGACUAUCAUCAUUCUACUCGCAUCGCAUUUGUUGAGUUUAUAAUGGCUGAAAGUGCUAUUGCUGCUCUCAACUGCAGCGGUGUUGUGCUUGGUUCCUUGCCGAUAAGGGUAAGCCCGUCGAAGACGCCUGUUCGGCCACGUGCUCCUCGUCUUCCUAUACAUUAAUCAUCUUUGCAGGUCCAGAGGCUGAUAUUAGUACCCAAUUUAUAUAUUUAAAUACACACACCCUUGUAAAGAUGUUUACCAAUGCUUCUGGUCUAUCUGUUUCAUAUAUACUCUUUUAUCUUUUGCUACUUGGCCUGGGAUCUUUGUGAUCCAUACAGGUUACGUUUUGUUGCUCUAGCACAUGUAGAGUUGGAUGGAACUUCGAGGUUUCGGAAGAUCUUAUGUAUGAUUGCGUCUUAACAUGGACUAUCGUGAAUGUCCCCAAAAUCAAACCCUUUAAGCUGUUCUCAACUAUCUUCUUGUUGAUUUA